AUGCCUUUCCGCUUCCCAAACUCACAUACCUGCCCGCUGCCCCAAGUAACAUAUACCUGUCCGCUGCCCAAUGUCCCCUAUUCCUGUCUGCUAUACUUGCCCGCUGCCCCAUGUCCCCUAUACCUGUCCGCUAUACCUUCCCGCUGCCCCAAGUCACAUAUACCAGUCCGCUAUACUUGCCCGCUGCCCCAUGACACCUAUACCAGUACGCUAUACCUGUCCGCUGCCCCAAGUCACCUAUACCGGUCCCCUAUACCUUCCCGCUGCCCCAAGUCACCUAUAGAUACCAGUCCGCUAUUUCUUACCGCUGCCCCAUGUCCCCUAUACCUGUCCGCUAUACCUUCCCGCUGCCCCAAGUCACAUAUACCAGUCCGCUAUACCUUCCCGCUGCCCCAAGUCACCUAUACCUGUCCGCUAUACAUGCCCGCUGCCCCAAGUCACCUAUACCUGUCCGCUAUACCUGCAUACUGCCCCAAGUCACUUAUACCUGUCUGCUAUACCUUCCCGCUGCCCCAAGUCACCUAUACUAGUCCGCUAUACCUGCAUACUGCCCCAAGUCACUUAUACCUGUCUGCUAUACCAACCAACUGUCCCACAUCCCCUAUACCUGUCUGCUAUACCUUCCCGCUGCCCCAAGUCACCUAUACUAGUCCGCUAUACCUGCCCGCUGUCCCAAGUUACCUAUACCUGUCCGCUAUACCUGCCAAAUGCCCCAAGUCACCUAUACCAGUCCGCUAUACCUGUCUGCUUCCCCAAGUCACUUAUACCAGUCCGCUAUACCUGCCCGCUGUCCAGAGUCACCUAUACCAGUCUCCUAUACCUUCCCGCUGCACCAAGUCACCUAUACCAGUCCGUUAUUCCUUCCCGCUGCCCCAUUUUCCCUAUACCUGUCCGCUAUACUUUCCCGCUGCCCCAAGUCACAUAUACCAGUCCGCUAUACCUGCCCGCUGCCCAAUGUCCCCUUUACCUGCCCGCUUUACCUUCCUGCUGCCCCAAGUCACAUAUACCAGUCCGCUAUACAUGUCCGCUGCCCCUUGUCACCUAUACCUGUCCUCUAUACCUGCCCGCUGCCCCAAGUCACCUAUACAUGUCCGCUAUACCUGCAUACUGCCCCAAGUCACCUAUACCUGUCUGCUAUACCUGCCAACUGUCCCAUGUCCCCUAUACCAGUCCGCUAUACCUGUCUGCUGCCCCAAGUCACCUAUACCUGUCCGCUUUACCUGCCAACUGCCCCAAGUUACCUAUACCAGUCCGCUAUACCUGUCCGCUGCCCCAAGUCAGAUAUACCUGUCCGCUAUACCUGCCAACUGCCCAAAAUCACCUAUACCUGUCCGCUAUACCUGA